AUGGUCGUAGCAGAGCAGCCUGAGGCAAACGACGUUGCUUUUAAUACAUUUAUCGGUGUCUUGGUGUCCGUAUGUGGCAAUGCACUGAUAUCAGUAGCUUUAAACGUACAAAAGAGAGCACACAACAACAUACAAGAACGGCAGAUGGCUAAUUAUUUUGCCAACAUGGACGAACCACCUCAAUGGAUAUCUACAGCACACUACAAUGGAUUCUUACCAGAUGACGGAUACUCCUCACCGAGAUCAUCACUAGAACAGCAGAAUAGAUCUGAGGCAGAGCUAAUAGAGCAUCAGAAAUUCAUUAUGACAAUGGCGCAAGAGCAGACAAAAUCAGGAGACACUGAAUACUUGAAGUCUAAAUUGUGGUGGUUGGGAAUCUCGCUGAUGAUUCUAGGAGAAGUAGGUAAUUUUGUUGCGUACGGAUUUGCUCCUGCAUCCACCAUUGCACCACUCGGCACAACCACCUUGGUUGCUAAUGUCAUUUUAGCACCACUGAUGUUGAAAGAAGUAUUUAGAAAGCGAGAUUUGAUCGGUGUUAUACUGGCAGUGUCUGGUGCUGCUAUGGUCGUUUUCAGCUCGAAUUCUGAGGAAGUUGCUCUAUCACCUGAAUUAAUCAUGGAAUCGAUUACUCAAAUGCAAUCCAUCAUCUAUUUUAUUCUAACGGGUGUAGCUAUUGUGGCAUUGACGGUGUUGUCUCCAAUCUAUGGCGCCUCAAGCAUCAUGAUUGACUUGGGUUUGGUAGCCAUCUAUGGUGGUUACACCGUUCUUUCCACCAAGAGCGUGGCAUCCUUAUUGAGUUUAACCUUUUUUAAAAUGUUUGCCUAUCCUGUAUCAUACCUCCUCAUCUUUGUGCUGGUUGUUACAGCCGUCUUGCAGAUCAAGUACCUCAACAAGGCAUUGCAGAGAUUCGACUCAACAGAGGUGAUACCAACCCAAUUUGUGCUGUUUACUGUGUCGGCCAUCAUUGGAAGUGCAGUACUUUAUCACGAUUUUGACGACAUGGGCAUGGAACAGAUGUCAAGAUUCAUGUCGGGCUGUGCUAUUGAGUUUCUGGGCGUCUAUUUGAUUACAUCCAAGCGCACCAAGAGCAGCAACUCGCCUGCAUUAUCAAUCAGUGCCGACAGUGGUACAGCUAUUUCAUUCUCGGACGAAGAAGCACUUGACCGGGUGAAUAUGCUCCCAAGUGAUCAUAUCGCGAAUAACAGAAAGAGAACAGCGAAUACGUUGACAUCAUCUGGUGCUACAUCUUUUGCCAGAUCGACUCACUCCAACAAUCCGGCUUCUUUUGAAGCAUGGCAAGAGGCCAAUCCUCACAUCACCAUUAGCGGUACUACCGGAAUUGGCAGUGGUCAUGCACAUCAUGGACAUCGCAGACAAAGUUCAGUGUUUAGAGGUAUUUCAAUGGCUUCCCAAUUAUUGGAUCGCAAUGACGAGCAACAGCCAUCGGGAGGUGGCGGCAGUGCAAAUGGUGGUGGUGCCAUUCAAUUGCCCAUCUCGUCUUCGCCCAAUACAAACUCAAUCUUCAAUCACCAUAGAAGAAGGGAUUCGGCACUCGGAAACAUCAUCAAUGGCAUUACAUCAGCCAUUUCAUCGCAUACCCAUACAAACGACCCUGCAUCCUUAUCAGCAGAAGACGCAGAUGCUGUUGAAAUCGAAUACCCACACCUUCUUCAUUCCAAUCAUUCCGAAAACACAUCCUUAGAUCGUGAACUGAUGCCUAUUUCCACCAUCAACUCCAACAAUACAAUCGGCAAUACCAAGAAAAGCACAAAAUUAGUAGACAUUGAAGAACAAUCAUCAGAGGAGGAGAGAGAUUUAUCCUAG